AUUAUUAAUAACAAAUAAUAGUAAUGCCAUUUACGUUAGUUAAGGUUUUAGACAGAUAUAUUUUUAUUAUUUUACAUAAUUUGAGUGUAGUAUAAUUUGUUGUGUUUCAUUUCGAACGUUUUGGUCGUAUAUUCUGAAUAACAUAGUGUUUUAUUGAUAUUUUUAAAUUUGUUUUAUGUUUUAACAAUAAGUCGUAACACCCGUUUAUUUCAAAAUUGUGCGCCGUCGUAAAAUAACAAAUCAAUAUGGCUCCCACGUCAAAAAAUUCAAGAAAAUCUUUGUCAACGAAAUGCCAAUUGCCUGGUAGCACGGCAAUUGACAAAGAAAACGCGUUCUUACAUAGUGUUAGUGAAUUUCAUAGCAGAAUUCGGCGGAGAGAAUCGAUACGACUCAAAUAUAAGGACUACGAAUUGGAACAAAAAAUGGAAUUCGAAAUGAAAAUGCGCGAGGGUACAACUCGUCUCCUUGCCGCCUGCAAACACCAAACUCAAUCGUUGCAAGCCGCCAAGAGUUUGUUGACUUCUAACGAAAGAAUGACUGCUUACAUCGCCGAAUUACACCGGAAAAGCCGAGAACCCCCACAAAUCGGAUGGAACGGUGGCAAGGCUCGGGUGUCGCUUUCCGACUUGCGACUCCCGUUAAUGUGGCGGGAUACGGAUCAUUUCAAGAAUAAAGGCGACUAUAGGCGAUUCGCGGUGUUUUGUUUGGCCAAAAUCGGCACACAGCUGUACGAUACCAGCCUUAUGUUCCCGGUAGACAGAUCCAUGACCGACGUUACGUUUAACGACGUAUUGCUCUUUGAAAACGUUGGACCGGAUUUCAAACUCGACUUAGAAGUAUAUGCCCAUGUACUGCGCGACGAUUUUUCGAUUGCUAGCACGCCGAGGAAAAUUAAAAACACGUUGCACAGUUCCAUAAGCCGCACGGUUGGUAAGAAGUUGGCUGCCACGCUGAGAGACGAACUGAAUAGCGGUAAAAUUGGACCUAAUUUUGAACUAAUGGCAUCAGCCAAACUGACUUUAGAAGAAGUGGAUGACAGAGUACAUACGCACGAUAUGAAAAUCGAGAGCACUCCAGAAAAUCGUAAUAACCAGUUACCUCUAUUUGGUCAUUUUUGUUGUCGGCUGGCUGCACAGCCCCAAUGUAUAUCGUCUCCGGUAUAUUCAGGGUGUGUACGGCCACGAAACGAGUCAUCUACCUCAUGGGCCAGUCUCCAAGCAUUUGAAUUAUCGGUAUGGUCAACAGCAGAAGAAGCAAAAUCUCAACCACCCCAAAAUUCAUUUCGCGUUGAUAAGAAUACAGUAAUUCGAGCGCUAAAGACUAAUAAUGAAAUUGAAAUAUCCAAUGAAUCUGAGAAGCGAACAGUAUCAUUUAUAUUUUCAGUGGAAAACGGUGAAGAGAAGGGUAAUUGGCUGAAAUAUUUAGUACAACAUACCAAAGAACAUUACAAAUGGAAAAAAGCAGCUGAAAAUGUCAUGGAAGUACAAUUACUAGAAACUAACAGGCAUUCAUUUGUUAAACCAGAGCGACAAGGAUCACUUUAUGAUGAAACUCCACUAUUAGAAUCUUUUGAUAAGAACAGCCGCGAUAAGAACAGGCCUAGUGUAAUGGAUAUGUUUUCCAACGGAGGCCAAGUGUCUACUAGCAGUCUUAGCUCAUGUUCAUCCACCAGUUCUGUGUCUCAUAAUUUACGCUCAAACUCGUCCUCAUCGUCAUCAUCAACUGUGAGCAGUAGUGGAACUCAAAAACGAUUGCAUUGGCCGUUUUCUAGAAAAACGUGAUUGGCACACAAAGUUUCUAUUUCUUCAUUAUGAUAUACAUACUGGAGUGGGCUACACCUUAUUAAGAUUCCUAGUUUUAUACCUUUAUUUACCAUUUUUGUACCUGCUUAAUGUUAAAUUUUAAAAGAGCUAAAUUCUAAUAAUUUUAUUAUUACUCAUUUUUAUCUAUUUUGUACCUAUUCCCAUGUGUACUAUUUCAUUGAUUAUUCAUUUUAUUUUUAAGCAUAUUAUCAUUUGAAGUAUAGCCCUCUCUUAUUCAAGUGUCUUUAAGACUUGUAACAAAAGUAUUAAAUUUAAUUGUAUAAAAUGAAUACUUAUUAUUAUUUUAGAAUUAUAAAACAAGAACUUUUUUUUAUUUAUUUUUUAUUUUUAUCAUUAUUUAAUAAUAUGACAAUUGUUGUAUUUCAAAUGUGUCCAAUUGGUAAAUUCAUCACCAUAAUAUAUCCCAUUUUUCAUGCUAAGUUAAUUCUAUAGCUUUUAUAUUAAAUUUAAGUAUAAUUUGAAAGUAUUGAUGUAAUAAUUAUAAUAAUGAGUAAUAACUAUGUUUUUUUUACUGAUUGUUAGAUUGUGUCAAGUGUGUAUAAUUUAGUAGUCCAUAUUUGUUAAGGCUAUACAUUCUUUCUUACACCUUGUGUACACAUACAAGGACAUUAAACAUAUAUGUAUAUUGGCGUACAAUUCUGGUGUAUUAUAUCAAAUAUUAUUCAAUUAAAGCCAAAAAUACCAUGGGUGGAAUAUAGUGCCAUCUCUAACGAAGAACAUCCGUAUUAGAUAUACAAAUAUACUUUAUAUAUCCAUAA